UGCGGAGCCACGAGUCGCGCUCCAGGCGCAGAGAUCAAUGUACUCGCCGCCCCCUUCGUACCUCGUCGUCGACGUCCGCGUCGUGGUCGUCUUCUAAAUCCGCGAUCCGUUACGCCGGGAUGCGUCCACGAGACGAUCCCGAGGAGAGUCCUCCGGAGUAUUUCUAGUCGAGGCCGGAAGAGAAUGGGAGAAGACGUUCCGGUUACAUAAAGAGGCACGUGAGUGCGUGAGAACCUCGUCAAAGAUGAUCGGUUCAUCUGGAAGGAAUCGAUGACUCGAUGAUUCGUGGGAAAUAUUUCUGGAGAGUCUCGAAUUGGGCAUCUGUGCUUCUUAUCAGUGAAGGGUCUCCUGAUCGGAGAAUAAAUUUCAAAGAUAAGGAUUGUCAUCUGUUAAAUACAAAAAUUCGUUCUCUCAAAUGUUUGAUCGACGAUAUUAAGGAAAAAAUGGGAUCUCUGAGAGGCGAGAAUACCUACUCCUUGACGAGGGAUGUGGGUUCAUAGAACGUAGCCGCCACCCAUCGAUGAUUCAAGCAACCCCGACCGCGUUCUCUGUCUCCUGAUAAUAAAUGGUGACCUAGUAAGGGCUGGAAAGCUCGAGGGUGGAGUUUAGAACAGUACGGGAAUCGGCAGAGGAUGACGGGUGGUGAGCCAGGUUGCGCCUCGGCGCAGCUCGAGGCCGACGAAGACGACGGUCAUCACGGAGAGCCGUGAACGGUAUCAUGUAUGCACCAUUGAACGAGCUAUCAAACCGCGCGCAGUGUUUAUGUUCUUAUUCGAGGUGUUUUAAACGCGGGUUCGACUCAAAGAGAAAACCGAUCAUCCAGUCUUGGACGCGAUUGAAAUCCGUGGACCAGGCGAAAGAUGUCAAUCGUUGCCAGGAUUAAUGAGACUGUUUCGAGUGGGAGGGGAAGUGGAGGGUGAGACGAAAGUUGAAAGCGGACGAGGGUGCGCGAGACGGAGGGAUGUCGAGGCCCAUUCUUCGCGGAGUGUUCUCGACCCUGUCCCAAUUUCCAGGCUCGCGAUAGAUUCGAAAAAGAAAGAGAGAGAAAGGAAGGAAGUUACGGAUUAAAACAGCUGCGAGAUGCGCACCAAAUGGUUCACAGUCGCUGGAAGAAGACAGUAUAAGCGACUUGGGAGUAGAAAAUUACUGAAGAUGGUAAUCGAUUGAGGGAAACGCGGGGACGACGAGAGAGAGAGAGAGAGGAAGAGAUAGUAAAUAAUAGACGGAGGGAGGAUAUGAGGACGAGAAUAGGAAUACAACAGGGAGUUCAGGUGCAUUGACUAUCGGUAGCGUGUGUAUAGUCGAGCAUAAUGUUCAAGAGCAGGAUCUUCCAGGGCGAUCUGAGCCCUGUCCCAAUUCCGGGCAACCUGCAACAGUCCAGCCAGCAGAGUCAGCAGGGUGAACAAGAGUUGGCGACGAAGAUGCUACAAAUUCAGAGCAAAAGAUUCUAUCUCGAUGUAAAACAGAACAGACGUGGAAGGUUUAUCAAAGUAGCUGAGAUCGGCGCAGAUGGAAGGAGAAGCCAAAUCUACCUGGCGCUUAGCACAGCAUCCGAGUUUCGAAAUUACCUCUCGACGUUUAGCGACUUUUACGCGUCCCUAGGUCCACCAAGCUCGGAGAACGUUCCAGACGAUGGCAAAUUGAAGUCGGAAGUGAUGACAAAGGAUAACAGGCGGUAUUAUUUAGACCUCAAGGAAAAUACUCGCGGCCGUUUCCUGCGGGUGUCGCAAACGAUCACGCGAGGAGGACCCAGGACGCAGAUUGCGAUACCGGCGCAAGGUAUGAUCGAAUUUCGUGACGCAUUGACAGAUCUCCUCGAGGAAUACGGUACGGAUGACGGCGGUUUCAAGGGUGACUUGCCAGAGGGACGGUACAUGCGCGUGGAUAGCAAGAAUUUCUAUUUUGAUAUCGGCCAGAAUAACCGUGGAAUCUACAUGAGAAUUUCCGAGGUGAAAACACACUUUAGAACAGCAAUCACCGUACCAGAGAAGUCCUGGGCGCGUUUUCGUGACAUAUUCGCGGAUUACUGUGAAAGGAUGAGAGAACGAGGUACUGGUAGCAACGUCGGUAUGAACAGCGGCGGAGGAGGAAACGUGAUGCCGGAGGGGAGGGGCUCGGUGGUGGCACAGGUGACACAGAAAGCCGGCGGUGUAAAGAACAGAACGGAAAAGCGACAGGCCGAUCAGCGGCAGCGCGAAUCAUUGAAACGGCGCAAAUCCCUGCCGCGGCAAGCAGAACCGAACGCUGUCAAUCCUGAGAAAUCCAUGUCCGCCCCAGCCUCCCAAGUCCCGACCACCACCGACAUCCCGAUGUCCUCUGGUUCCGCUAUAACUACGUCCAGCACGAGCAAAAGCACGGUGUCCGAGGAGAACGUUUCUAGCGCGUCGACGGCGUCGCAGGAGAUUCAAGGUGUACCGCGCUUAGAAACUGUGCAAGUGUAGACACCUCAUACAGGUAUUCUACCGUUGCGCACGGACUUAGGACGCGGGAAGAAGCGAUUGAAAUGUAACGUGAUUCGUGAUGCUUAAAACGCGCAGUCGUUUAAUUUGUUGUUUUAAUGUUCCGUACUUCGUGUGCCGCGUGUUUCGCGCGUAGUUUCGUUUCCCGGUGGACACGGGUGUCCGUUCGCUCGCGGGAAUAGUUCGCUUGUUGAUUAUCGAAACGUUUAGACAGUUAGUUAAGAGGGUUUCCAGUUAAAUACCAGUGCAAGUGGAUGCGUACGUGUAUCGACGCUUCGAACCGGCUCUUCUCUCUCACGGUAAAUUAUUAUUACUCUUUUCUAAUUAUAUAGUUAGAAACGUGAUGCCUAGAAAUUUUAUCGAGCGAGAGAAAUGACAGAUCUAAAGUCGCCCACUGAUAUUUUCGAUUUAUAUUCGACAACGUCUACUUUCUCAGUUAAACGGAGAAGAGCGUUCGUUCUAUAAGAAAUUCAUUCGAAAAAAGUCGUUUCCCUUAUUUUCAUUUCGAUCCUCUGAAAAAAGUAAAGGUAUUCUUUUCGUAUCUUUGAAAGACGAUGGAACCCUACGUAAAGUGUUGUCAAGACGAGAAAAGAAACGUUUAAUAACUUGACGUGAGUUUUUGUUCCGUUACUCUCGAUUGUUUUAGUAAAGAUGGAUCGGUAUCGUUAAAUACUUUGCUCGUUCUUGCAUGAGACAGUAGCUGUAUAAGUUACGUAAUAAAAAUGUCCGGUUUCGGUUGGAUACGACCCGAGAUUCGCGUAUUCGCAAAUUGCGAUAAACAAGGACCACCUAUUGUAUGCGAAUAACGACUUAAGUUAAUUAUUACAUUCUGUUCAGAGCUAUUCAAUUUAUAUUACACAGCUAAACAUUUAUCAAACAUUUAAUAAAGGUACUUUCUUUUGAUACUAAAAACA